UUUCCUGCCCUGCCCCCGGGGCCGAUCUCGGAGCGCGCUGCCGACUGCAGGGCUGACUGGCGUUGGCCCGCGCGCUGCGCAUGUUUCAGGUGGGGCAGCUGCGAAGAAUGGUACGUGCGCCACUUGUUGGGAGUGACUCGAAGGCAGCCGCUUGGCUGGGGCCGUGCGGUUGGGCUGGGCUGGGCUGGGCUGGGUUGGGCUGGGCUGGGUUUUGGGCAGGAGCUGGCGGAGUGGAGGGGGGAUGGGUCAUCGUUGCUCCGCGCGGGCGAGCUCACCGAUGUCGAUGGCAGGGUGUGCGGUGGGCGUGGGGUAUUGGGUGGUUUGAGGAUUUUGUUGCUUCUAGGUAUCUGUCGCCCACUCUUGGCCCACUGACGGUAAUGACGCCUGCGUCGAUAUCAGCGUGGACACAUUCGUAAUCGGUGGGAAGUUGGGUUUGGACGCCCUAUGCGCUCGAUAUUAUAGUCGCGGUGGUGGAUGCCGCCGGCAUUCCCCAACUG